AAGGGAUCUAGGCCUUCCAACCCCAGAGCUUUUAGCCAAAGAUAUUUCCUCCACGGGGGCAAAUUCAGGUCCUGGGAGCAUUGGCAGAAGGACGUGACCAUGGAGAAGCUGUUGUGGUGUUUCCUGGUCUUGAUCAGCUUCUCUGAUGCUUUUGGCCAGACAGACAUGGAUAAGAAGGCCUUUGUGUUUCCCACGGAGUCUGAUAAUUCCUAUGUAUCCCUGAAAGCACAGUUAAAGAAGCCUCUCAAAGCCUUCACUGUGUGCCUCCAUGUCUACACUGAACUAUCCAAGACCCGUGGAUAUAGUAUUUUCUCUUAUGCUACGAAGGAGCAACCUAAUGAGAUCCUCAUAUUUUGGUCUAAGGAUAGAGGAUAUGUUUUUGGGGUGGGUGGGCCUGAAAUAUUAUUCACGGUUCCUGAAGUCACCGUAGCUCCAGUACACAUUUGCGCGAGCUGGGAGUCCACCUCAGGGAUUGCAGAGUUCUGGGUGGACGGGAAGCCCAUGGUGAGGAAGAGUCUGAAGAAGGGAUACUCUGUCGGGACAGAGGCAAGCAUCAUCCUAGGGCAGGAACAGGAUUCUUUUGGUGGGAGCUUUGAGGCAAACCAGUCUUUGGUGGGAGACAUUGGAGAUGUGAACAUGUGGGACUUCGUGCUGUCACCAGAAGAGAUUAACACCGUCUAUGCUGGUGGGACCUUCAGUCCUAAUGUCCUGGACUGGCGGAAGCUGACAUAUGAAGCACACGGUGAAGUUUUUACCAAGCCCCAGCUGUGGUCGUGAGGCCCGAUCAUGGGUUCUGCAGGUGCCUCCUGGGGAUUCUGCCUCAUGGGCCCCUGGUGCUGGCUUUGGACACACUGCAGGCCUCCUCUGUGAACAUAGCCCCUACUUCCUUGCUCUGCCUUCCUCACACCUCAGAAUGGAAUUUAAGUGUCUGGAUUGGAAGUUGAUGAACUACAUGGGGAAGUUUUGUCCGGGAGAAUCAGAAUUGCAGGUGGUUUGUGUUUUUUUUUUCCCCCUAUUUUUGUGUUUUUUGAAUUGAACGGAUUUUAAAGAUAAUCCUUUACCCUCACUUAGAUGAUAAAACUGAUACCGAGAAAGAAGUGAUUCUUUAAAAAGAGUCACAAGGCAAGGACAUUUCUGAGCUGAGAAUGGAGUGUUGGUUUUCAACCUAAUUCCCCACCCAGGACCACCCAGAGGGCGUUGCCCACAUUCACAGGGCUCUUCAGUCUCAGAAUUAGGACACUGGCCAGGACCUCUGGAUUCAGAGUCCAGAGUGCUCAUCAUUAUGUCGUGGGCCCAGGCAUUCUGAAAUGGGAAACCCAGUGGGACUACAGUCCCUCCAUUUCCUCAAAGCAUCCUGGAAAGGCAGGCUUUUUGUCCCGGGCAAAAUGAGGUAUGGAGGUAUAGUUACUUUGUUACUGCCAAGAGCUUACAUAACAAUGGUUUUCAUUUGCUCUCACUGCUUUCUUAAUUUUAUAGUUCUUUCAGGAAACUCUUCCACUGCUGGUGAGCCUCGUGGGGCUGUGGAUUCCUCCUCCAUCCCCACCUUCCCAACAUACCCAGGCCAUAAGGGUGGCUGUGUGACCCACGCCAUGCUGUCUAUCACAGCAGCCCAUCUCCCCGUCUCCCAUCUGGAGGUUGUUUUUGGGUGGUUGUGUGUUCCCCGCAGGACUGAUUAUAGUCUUCCCAAGGACUGAGUUAUGGCCUUUGGGAGGGAGAUAUCUUCUUGCUGCUGGAUUUCCGAGCUGAGAGGAUGUGAGCCUGGGACUGCCAGCAGCUAUCCUGUUCACCACAUGGAGAGAGACUGUGAGGACAGCUCCAAGCUGGGAGUGGAAGAGCUGAGGGACUGACAGAGCAAUGGAGCCUUGACUAUAUUGAAUCUCUCAGUCGGCCUUGCUUGGAACCAGACCUACACCUGGACUUCUGGGUCCAUGAGCCAAUAAAGCCCCUGUUACUUGCACGAGUUUGAGCUGUUUUCUGAUGGUUA